CCGCGUCAGUUUCAGCUCAACUCUCGUAUCGAUCGCAUCGUAGUUUGACGCGAGUGUACAUCGAAGCAGCAAACGGUGAGAACAGAAAAAUUAUUCACAUCCUCAUCCCACAUUUUGAACGUACAAGCCGUGGAUUGUUAGCCGUUGCGGUGCGUGAUUUUUCAAUUCUGAACAGUAUUCAUCGGUUUAGUGUGUGGUAGAUCCAGAGAAGAGAGAUAAAUAAAAUCAAUCAUGAGUUCAUCGCAGUACUACCCAUUCCAAUGUACCCCAACGGUGUACCCGGCCGAUCCAUUCGACGCUACCGAGGAUGCCGCAACUUUACGCAAGGCCAUGAAGGGCUUCGGAACCGAUGAAAAAGCCAUCAUCGAAAUUUUGGCUCGUCGUGGAAUUGUCCAGCGCUUGGAAAUUGCACAAGCGUUCAAGACAUCCUACGGCAAGGAUCUGAUCAGCGAUCUGAAAUCAGAGUUGGGAGGCAAGUUUGAAGAUGUUAUUUUGGCUUUGAUGACCCCGUUGCCGCAGUUCUACGCCAAGGAACUGCACGAUGCUAUUUCCGGUAUCGGUACUGACGAGGAAGCCAUCAUCGAGAUCUUGUGUACUCUGUCGAACUAUGGUAUUAAGACGAUUGCCGAAUUCUACGAGCAACUGUAUGGUGUCUCGCUGGAAUCCGAUCUGAAGGGUGAUACCAGUGGAGCAUUCAAGCGUUUGUGUGUCUCCCUGGUUCAGGGUAAUCGCGAUGAAAAUACUGGUGUUGAUGAAGGUGCGGCUGGCGCUGAUGCCCAAGAAUUGUUUGAAGCCGGUGAAGGCCAAUGGGGAACGGAUGAGUCGAUUUUCAAUCAGAUUUUGGUCACCAGAUCGUACCAGCAGCUACGUGCUGUUUUCCAAGCGUACGAAAAUCUCGCUGGACAUUCGAUCGAGGAUGCCAUCAAGCGCGAAUUCAGCGGUGCUGUCGAGGAGGGUUUCAAGGCCAUUGUCCGUUGCGUCCGAUCGAAAGUUGAGUACUUUGCCAAACGAUUGCAUCAUUCGAUGGCCGGUCUGGGAACCAACGAUAAGACACUGAUUCGUAUUAUCGUUAGCCGCUCGGAAAUUGAUUUGGGCGAUAUCAAGGAAGCUUUCCAGGAGAUGUACGGAAAGUCACUGGAGUCGUGGAUUAAGGAGGAUUGUGACGGUGAUCUGGGUGACCUGUUGGCAACACUGGCCUCCUACUAAUGUUGAAAUUUUCUACUGAGAAGGAUGACUUGGGAAGCGAUUUGGGCGAUCUGCUCGCCGAACUGGCCUCCUACUAAGUCUUGUGAGCUAUGGAUUAACCACCCUAUGGAAGCAAAAAGCAUAGUAUAUAGAGAUUCAUAUUCAUUUGUUUCGUUUCUUGUUGUUUUUCUAAAUGUUUUAUUUACAAAAAAAAGGGAUUUAAGAUCUGAAUGGCAAGCAAAGAUAUGGUUGCACUUGCUUUAAAAAUGUAGCACAACUUAACACAAGUGAAGAAAGUUCCCCACAUUCAUCAGUUCUA